GAAAUGACAUGACAUUUCCUCUAGCCUGCCAUGGAGGAGUUGCUUUGGCCUCGAUCUACGGCUAGAGGCGAAGCCUCCAGGGAUGCCAAUGACCGGUCUAAUGCUGCUGCGACGACAUCGGCGACGUCUCUCCCGGCCGCGCUCAGCUCCAUGUUCUUGCAUGCUGACAAGAAGAUGAAGGAUCGAUUUGCAGGUGAAGAAACAUAGGGAGGUCGAUCAAGCAUUGCAGGCUCCGAUUCGAUCCUUUUUCAUCCCUCCCACAAAUCGUCCGAUGCAUGCCAUGGCGUUCGAUCCCUCGCCGAUGGACGCGGCUUCUCAGCCCUCGACGUCGCAUGUCUCCCCGCCGUGGACGCGCGCCUCAAGGCGCCUGUCCUCGCAUGGUGGCCGCGGAUCGGGAGGAGAUCUGAUGUCAGAGCAGGCCGUCCUCGCCGCGGUCGGCGCCGCGCUGCUCCUCUUCGCCGCCUGUUGCUGCUGCUGCUGCUGCGGCUGCUGCAGGAGCAAGAAGAAGGCGAAACAGCAGCCUUACCACGACGCCAUGCGGUUCUACGCAGAAACCUCCGGAUUCAAAGGUGACAGCACGGCGACCUACUACACCAGCGGCGUGAAGCCGGCGCAAGGGCGACAGCAAUGGCAGAACCAGGUGGCCGCGUCGUCGUCGGCCAACUGGCGCGUGGUACCAGCGCCUCCUCCGCCUGAUAUGGACUCGACGGUGUUCUCGACCCACCGGCCGCCCGUGAUGCCCCCACCACCGCCGCCGGUGCCGGUGGGGAUCGAGAAGAACGCGUUCAGCUACGAGGAGCUGGCGGCGGCGACGGGCGGUUUCUCGGAGGCGAACCUGCUGGGGCAGGGCGGGUUCGGGUACGUGCACAGGGGCGUGCUCCCCGGCGGGAAGGAGGUGGCGGUGAAGCAGCUCAAGGCCGGUAGCGGGCAGGGCGAGCGCGAGUUCCAGGCGGAGGUGGACAUGAUCAGCCGCGUCCACCAUCGCCACCUCGUCUCCCUUGUCGGCUACUGCAUCGCCGGCGCCCGCCGGCUGCUCGUCUACGACUUCGUGCCGAACCAGACGCUCGAGCACCACCUCCACGGGAAAGGCUUGCCGGCGAUGGAGUGGACGACGAGGCUGCGUAUCGCCGUCGGGUCGGCCAAGGGGGUCGCCUACCUGCACGAGGACUGUAACCCGCGGAUCAUCCACCGGGACAUCAAAUCGGCCAACAUCCUCCUGGACAGCAACUUCGAGGCGAUGGUUGCGGAUUUCGGGCUGGCCAAGCUGAGCCACGGCAACGACACGCACGUAUCGACGCGCGUCAUGGGCACCUUCGGCUACCUGGCUCCCGAGUACGCCUCCAGCGGGAAGCUCACGGAGAAGUCGGACGUCUUUUCCUACGGCGUCAUGCUGGUCGAGCUCCUCACCGGCCGGCGGCCGGCGGACCGCGCGUCGUACGGCGCCGAGGACUGCCUCGUAGAUUGGGCACGUCCGGCUCUCUCGAGCGCCUUGGCCGACGGCGACUACGACGGGCUCGUCGACGAGCGGCUGGACGGCGACUACGACCAGAUGGAGGCGGCGCGCGUCGUGGCCUGCGCCGCCGCCUGCAUCCGCCACACCGCCAGGCGACGGCCCAAGAUGAGCCAGGUCGUGAAGGCGCUGCAGGGGGAAGUGCCGCUGGAGACGCUGAACGACGCCGCGCGCGGUGCCACGCUCAGCUCGGUCAGCUCGAUGCCGGGACCGGAGUACGGCCAGUCCGGGUCGUCGUCGUACACGGUCCAGAUGGAGCGGAUCAGGAAGGUGGCGCUGCCCAGCCCGGAGUACAGCGCCGAGUACGCCGGCCCCAUCUCGGGGUUCGGCCACCCCUCGCCGUCGCCGGGCAGCAGCGUCGACAGCAACGUCUCCCCCGCCGGCGAGCACGUGCCGGUCACGAACCAGCGGCAUCGAGGUUACCGGCAAGUAUGAGGCGUCACACGGGAUUAGGUGCAGCACGUAUGUGCGUCUUGGAACUUGGAAGAUUCAGCACAGAACGUAGAGUCUUUCAUUUUCUCUUUAGGUUACUCAAUAGUCAAUACUCAUCUUCUCUAUUCUUUGACUGCUUAGGCCCUAUUUCUAACUUGCAACUUUCUGCUAAAACUGCACAAUUCCUUAAGAUGCAAUUUAGGUUCAGUAUGGUGGUCGGUUACCAAGAUCCAAGGACAUGUACAGUUGUGAUAUCUUGGAUGUCCAACGUGGGAUAAAUCACGAGAAAAGAGAAAGUUGGAAACGGAUCUGCCUUCGCUUGAG